CAUCCUUGUGCACACAGCUAGGGAGCACUACACCCUGAUGGUGACGGGGGCACAAAGAAGCCGGGCUGAUGUCCCCAGGCUGAGAGCUCCUGUCUAUGUGAGGCUCUUCCCUGUCACCCCCAUGCCCCCUGUCCUCAGGGCUGAAUGAUUAUGUAUGAAUGAUGUGUCUGGGGCUGUUCUGGGUUGUAGCUGCUGUGAUCUCUGCCAAUGCUGCCAUGCAUCCAUUGGGUUCUUCACUGGUGAAUACCAUAGUCCCCCCCAUCACUGCUCAUUCGGACUCCCCUAAGCGAUGGUACCAGAAGCUGGAUCAUACACAGAUCACCCACCCCAGCCGUUUGGUGGGGCACACAUCUGGAGCUGAGACCCAUAGAUAUCAGCUGAACACUAGGGUUAGAAGUGAGAACCCAAAUGACCAGGAUGCCCAUGUUGCACAUGCCAGUUUCCUUGUGACGUUCCUUGAGAAAAAAAUGAUUUUGGAUCUGGAAUUAAAUCACCUCCUUCUAUCAUCGAAAUAUGUGGAGCGACACUAUGAUGAGGACAAUAAUUCUUAUGUAAAGACUGGUGGCACAUCUGGCGAUCAUUGUUAUUAUCAGGGAAAAUUGCGAGGGGUGGAGGACUCAUGGGCUGCCAUUUCUACUUGCCACGGUCUCAGUGGAGCCUUUUCUGACGGUGUUUACACUUAUACAAUAUAUCCUUUGAAACAGAGCACAGAGACAGAAAAAUGGCCUCAUGCUAUUGAGCGAAUAAAGAAAUGCACAGAGCCAGACUGUGAACUUCACACAAUUAUUCCAGGCUCCAAAAUAAGGAGGAAAAGACAGGUUCGUCGGACUUCACACUCAGCUCUGACUGAAACCAAAUAUGUUGAACUCAUGGUGGUGAAUGACCGAUACUUGUUUGAUCAGCAGCGCCAAUCUGUGGUUCUGACCAGUAGUUUUGCCAAAUCAGUGGUGAAUUUAGCUGAUGUUAUUUUUAGAGAGCAACUAAAUACCAGGAUUGUGCUGGUUGGCAUGGAAACCUGGACAUCCACAGAUAAGAUAACUGGAAGUGAGGAUCCCCUGCAAGUUUUGGAUGAAUUCAUGAGGUACCGGAGAGCGGAAAUCCUGGACCAUAGCGACACCACUCACCUCUUCUCAGGACGCACUUUUAAGAGCAGUCGCAGUGGAGCAGCUUAUUUCGGUGGCAUCUGCUCUCCAUCCCACGGUGGUGGUGUGAAUGAGUAUGGGAAUAUUGGGGUCAUGGCAGUUACCUUGGCCCAGACUCUGGGGCAAAACCUUGGCAUGAUGUGGAAUAAACUACGCACUACAGCUGGUGACUGCAAAUGUCCUGAUCUGUGGCUGGGCUGCAUCAUGGAGGAUACUGGAUACUACCUCCCCCAGAAGUUUUCCCGCUGCAGCGUGGAUGAGUACAGCCAGUUCUUGCAAGAUGGAGGAGGCAGCUGUCUGUUUAAUAAACCCCUCAAGCUUCUGGACCCUCCAUCCUGUGGCAAUGGUUUUGUUGAGCUCGGGGAGGAGUGUGACUGUGGCUCUCCUGCUGAAUGUAACAAGUCCGGAGCAGGGAAUUGCUGCAAGAAGUGCACCCUCAGCCAUGAUGCUAUGUGCAGCGACGGCUUGUGCUGCCGGGGCUGUAAGUACGAGCCACGGGGGACCGUUUGCCGUGGGUCUCUUAAUGAAUGUGAUGUACCAGAGACUUGUCCUGGAGAUUCCAGUGUGUGCCCGGCAAAUCUACACAAGCAAGAUGGAUACUUCUGUGACAACGAGCAGGGUCGAUGUUUUGGUGGCCGCUGCAAGACCAGAGAUCGUCAGUGCCAUGCACUAUGGGGGCGCAGUGCGUCGGAUCGGUUUUGCUAUGAAAAGUUAAACAUUGAGGGAACCGAGAAGGGUAACUGCGGCAGAGACAGGCAGAACUGGAUUCAGUGUAGCAAACAGGACGUGCUGUGUGGGUAUCUUCUGUGCUCCAAUAUAUCUGGAAUUCCUCAGAUUGGGGAGCUGAAUGGAGACAUCACCAGUAUGAGCUUUUACCAUCAGAAUCGAUACUUGGACUGUAGAGGGGGGCAGGUGAUGCUGCCUGAUGGAUCAUGCCUGGGAUAUGUGGAAGAUGGGACACCGUGUGGCCCCAAUAUGAUGUGUCUGGAAAGGAGGUGCCUCCCUGCAUCUGCUUUUAAUUUCAGCACCUGCCCCGGCAGUUGGAAUGGAGUGAUCUGCUCAGAUCAUGGGGUUUGCAGCAAUGAAGGAAAGUGCAUCUGUCACCCAGAAUGGACAGGAAAGGACUGCAGUGUGUACGAUCCACUUCCAAUCCCUAAACCUACAGGAGUAGUAGAGAAAUACAAAGGUCCUAGUGGAACCAAUAUCAUCAUUGGAUCCAUUGCAGGGGCUGUCCUCAUUGCUGCAAUUGUGCUUGGAGGAACCGGAUGGGGAUUCAAGAAUAUCCGAAGAGGAAGAUCUGGAGGUGGAUAGGCAACAACUAUUGUGCUCGCUCACCAUUCUUCAAUAUUUAAAAUCAUUUCCAUUAAGAUCCCUCUGGGCUUUUUGCUAAGGAAACUAACUAUCAAAUUGAACUGAAGUGUAAAGAAUGGAAGGGGAGCCGCAGCCAAUAUCUAAAGGGGAAAACACUUGAGAUUUCUCUCUGUCUUCCAAAACUGGAGUCUAACUGCCAAUCCUUUGGGGAACAAACAAACUAUUUGACCAAGAAUGAAGAGAAGGGGCAGUCGGGGGAAGCUUAUUUCAAAUUGCAGAAAUCGGAAGUCCUUGAAGUGCCAAAAAUGUAUGGAUUAAAAUCAGUCCACGUUCAAAAUGGAUGAUUAAACCUGCCAGAAUCAUUGGUACUUACAAGACCUAGGAUGACUGACCCCUCCCCCUAAACCCCAAAGAAGUAAUUAAAACACUAUGGUCCUCGGAGGACCAUUAAAAAUCACUGCCAUUUUUUUUCUAGAAGUACUAUAUCCUUGACGAAUUAUCACUGCCCUUAAUAUACAUUCGAUCAAAUAGGGGUCCCGCGUUAUAUUUUAAUCAUAUCACUGUAACAAGUACAGGUAUUACAAUGUAUACCAUAGGGAAAGACCAUAUAGAACCUUCUAGCCCCAGGUAAUACUUCCACUUUCAUACAGAAGCCAUGUAGCCUUCUGCCCGACAGGAAUAUUCUAUGAAGAAGUCUGUUUUAAGGCCUUCUUACAGAAAGCACAUAUAGAUCCUCAGCCAAACAAUAAUUGGACACCAUUUUAUGAUAUAAUCAUGCUUGCUGACUGUAAAAUGAUCACCUGUUUUCAUCUCUUAAUUGCACUAAUAAUUGUAAAGAUAGAUGGGGUAUGAGGGAAUUAUUUUCCAACAUCAACUGGCCAUACAGGUCAAUGCCAUAAGUAUAGCUUAUUGGGACAAACCUUGGCUGGUGAAAUCACCGACACCUAAAACAUGUCACUGCUACUGCGCAAUGGUGCCAUUUCAGCCAUACAGAGAUAUAGGUAGAAAUCGUACUAUACCCAAUGCCAAAAAGGAGAAUACUUGGGGAAUAGCGAUUUGGAGGGGUAUUAGUUCACAAUGCUGCUUAGUUCCCAUAGGAAAUUGAUAAGGGGUUGUUUAUGACACAACAGGCCUGAACUGGGAUUCAGAAUAGGCCCUGGCAUUUCAAGUACACAGAGGCCCAAGCAGCUCUCCCACCAUCCCAAUAAAUAGUGACUGUCUAUGGCAUCUUACAGUAGCCCCUUUGGCAUUUGCCAGAAUCCACAGAUUGCCAGUCCAGGCCUGGUUUAAAGAAAAAACUGGCAUCUGCCAUGUUUUUACACUUUGCACCCUGCAAAGUACCAAGAGCAUCGAGACCUGUGGUUGCCUCCAUAAAUACAGCACGGCCUGCAAUCUGCAUAGACGUCCUGCACAUCUCCUGUCCCCUAACUUAUGUGCCAUUCAAAUACACAAGUUAGGGAGCACCAGGAGACACAGGCCUUUGUAAUGGGGCACCUUAUGGUGCAUAGCGCAGCAAGGCCCCAGUUAGAUAUAUUUCCUAAAUGAACACUAGGUGGCACACUUUUGUCAACAGCAUGUCUGUCAGGGGGCCAUGCUGACUUCUAAAGUGUUUUGAUGAAAUUAUACCUUCAUUAGAGGAAAUGUGAGAUAUAUAUAUAUAUUUGUGAUAUAUCCAUAACAGAUUGAACUUCCGGGAAUCCUCCUGGAUUCCCCAGUUCAACCUUUGUUAAAUCAGAGCCUUAUUUUGCUUUUUAAUUUGAGGAUUCAUCUCCCUUUACACCUCGCAGUCAUUAGGGAUCACCAUCAAAAUUCAUUUAUUUGUCCAGAACAAAAAAAGUAGCCCCUUGCUGGGUUAAAGCAUUCUUCCUGAACACCCCUCUUCUACUUGAACAGUUAAAUAUCUGAUCUAGACCUGCCGUAUGUUUUUAUAAUUUAACUUGACAUUUCUAUUGCAAAUGCUGAUUUAUCUGCAAGGCACUAAUAAAAUAUAUUUGAGCACCAAGUUGCACUAAAGAUUGUACAGACAGGAAAGAAGCAGAAUGGGGAAGAGGAGAAGCCAGUGGGCAGCAAUAGGUAUCCUCAGUGCCAACUGGUGCAAUGUACAUUGAUUGAGGGCAGUUUACAUACCCAGGAUGCUUUUCUUUAGCCCCUACAAAGGGAACAUAGGAGCUUGAGUUGAAUGUAAGGUGUGCGUUUUCUUUUACUAAAUGACCAACUGUCCGCCAGGGCAUGCUUGAAAGGGACCUACAAGACGAUAGCAUUAUGCUUCCAGAUCUCGCCCAUGUUUGUUUACUGACUUGUACAACCAUUUUUCGUGGAUAAGGACAGCCAUAGGUUGGACAGGCCUUCCCUUUUGCCAGGAACGUUGGCAACCGAUAACAUUCCAAUGAUCUUCAAGGAACUAAUUAGUAAUUAUGUUAGCAAAAACAUUUCUUUUUGAAACUGGAAAAAAAGUAUUGAAUUGAUCAGCAGACAUUACCAUUCUCUUCUGCAUCCUCACUAUUCUGAACAUGACUGCAGUAUGACGAACGGCGUUGACUCAAGAGCAUCAAGCCAACAUGGGGUCAGUCUUUCGAGGAUGGUCAGCACCGGUAGUCUAACUCACUGCCAGUAUGCUUCAUUUCAGAGACCUGCAUUUAGAAUUCAUUCUAACCUGCAGGAAUCAACAUGGAGGAACUGGCCCUUGGUGGACCAAAGACAGAGCACAAUAAAAACAGGAUGGGUUUCAAUAGCAGGACAGGAGGUGCUAGAUAUAACUAUGGAUUUACUUCUUAGGAAUAAACCCAUGCCUCAAUUUACACUUUGUUUUUUCAGUCACUGUCAUACACUGACUUCAGAGUUGGCAAGUGUCUUUUGGAUGCCGCAUCUUCCCAGUACCCAGACUGCGGGCCACCAGUAGCCCCACACUGCAAACCAAUGCUGGUUGUUUCUUUUAUUAAAGGAGAACCCAAUUAUGGGACUGGAUUCUGAUCAAUUCUUAGCAGCUGUUAAUUCUUCACCUCUACAGGAACUCAAUGCAGAAUGGGUUUGGGGAACUUGAAUAAAGGGAUUCUUUUAUUAAAAAAUCAAAUAAAAUGAAUGUGCUAACGAAG